CUAUCCGUUCCGGUUUUAUUUUUAUGGUGUGAUUUAAACUGGUUCUCGGUAGCAUCAACCAAUUUAUAUCCUGAGAAAACUCGAGAAAGCAGAAAAACAUGACUUUACGUCUUUACGGACUGCAGUCAUUGUCACGCAAUUUUUGCUUAAUCGGCUGUAGAAUGAUGGGUAACGAUCUCGGUGGUGGUGCUGGCAAAGGGGGAGGAACUGGAGGCACAAUCAGAGAGGCAGGUGGCACAUUCGGGAAGAUAGAGGCUGCCAGAGAAGAGGAAUAUAUCAGACGACUGCAAAAGCAGCAGCUCAAAGAAUUGAGGCGACACUUAAGUGUGGAGAUCAAUAUCCUUGAAAAGGAAGUCCGCAGUCAUCAGGAGGCUAUCAAGAGGCACAAGCAGAAAAUAUCCGAGCUUGCAGGAAAGUCAGACACAGAUUAAAUCUACAGAAACUACUUAGAGUUUGAUAUCUGUAAUUGAAAAGACCAGUGAGACAAUGUUGGACAAAUAGUGCUAAAAAAUGUGUAAAUAUGAGAAAACAUUUGUGUUUACAAUAAAAUUGUGAUAAUUGU